GAUAUUUCUAAAUAAGUAUAUACAUAUAUAUGUAUCUUUCGCCAAAUUCAUCGCAGUUCAUCCCUAUUCUAUCUACUAGCUUUAGCCAGAAACUUUCUCACUCUACUCUUACACUCUCUCUCUCUUCUUAUAUAUGUGUGUGUGUGUGUGUGUGUAUGUAUGUAUGUAUGUAUGUAUGUAAUAGAUUGGAUUCGUUCGCCGCCGCAUGAAUUCUAUUGAUUCAUCAAAGGAUUUGGUGUUUUCUUUUGAUUCUCCCCCUGAAAUUCGGUUAGAGAAAUUUAAGGGGAUUCUUUGACAAAUUUAGCACUUGUUUUCUAUUUAUGUGAACAUCAGCUAAAUUUGGGGAAAGCUUCAUCUAAUAAUUAGCAGAUGAUUUUUUUUUUUGUUCUUUUAGAUUUUUUUGUGUGCAAUUUAGACAACGAAUUGAGAAGAUUUGGAUUGGUGAUUCACAGAGUUGUACCCCAUUUUAGUCUUGCAUUUGUGAUCAGCGAUUAAAGUUAGUCAAUCCUAUCUUAGACCUAUAGUGUUUGUUAUCAUUUUUUUUUUUUUUUUUUUUCUCCUUUUUCUUUUUGAAUAUUAUUUUCAACGAGGAACUUUCACUUUUCAAUGGUUGUCUGAGUGUUUGGUUAUAAUUAAUCAAAUCAAUUAUUUGGACUGGUGGUUGAAUUGAGUUCUAGAGGUUUAUGGUCUGUUGCUUUUUCUAGUGCCUGAAUAGGGAUGCACCCAUUUUGGGCUUUAUGAGCUCUCUCUCUCUCUAGGUUCUAUUUUCUCUUUUUUUUCCCCAGGUCUCGAUUCUUUUCUUUUUAAUUUCUUCAAGGACAUCACAUAAAGUCAAAUACAUCUCUGAAUUGAAUUGGAUUGUAUGUUGCAGAAGAUAAUUUAUUGUCACGGUCAUCAUUGUAGUUGUCAUCUUCGUUUGUCAGUGGUAUUGCUAUUUCUUUCUUUCCUCUUUAUGUUCAAUUAUGGCAAGAAUUGGAGAACAUAAAGCUUUAUGAUCUAUAUUUGAGUUCAUAACAAAGAAUGCUAGAUGUCCAUAAUAUAAGCUUAUUAGCCUUAUAGUUUAUCUUCGCCUGCCAAUUAAAAAUCUUAUUCCUUCUUUUCCUGUUAUAGCAAGAACUGAGGAACGGAAGCUUUAUGGUCUCUAUUUGAUUUGAUGUUGAAGAAUGUGAGAUGUCCAUGGCACAGCAAAAGAUGCAUUGUGCCCUUCAAAAGACCUGUCGCAAUACUCAGAAAGUUGCAGACGGAGGAAAUAGUUCACCGUGGAGGAAAUCCGUAGAACAGAAUAACUUCAGACCAUCUUCGAGGGACUCAGAAGUAUCUUCUUUUGUUUGGAGGAACUCUGAUCAGAGGUGCGCAAUAUUGACAUUCUUUGCCCCGGAACCUGAUGGACGAUGGAAAAUUGUUGCACUGCCAAUGCAUUGCCCUGAUCACUCAAUCCACUUGGGAUCUGGAGCUCAGGUAAAAAUGGAUGGUCUCCAUUUGAUUUCUCCAUCACCAGUAGGUUCAGUCAAGGUUGAUCGACAAAAGGCACAUGGAGGGAAUACUUCUGAUAGGAGUUGUUCUGUCAAGUCCUUUACAGCUAGAAGCCUUUCUGGCUCAAAUUCCCAGCGUCAAUCUCGAAACAAAGGCUUGGCUAACAAAGUGAGCAAACGGAAUCAGUUUCAAGGCAAUUCUUCAUUUCAGAAUUCUCUUAGAGGUGUUGAUUCCUCUGUUAUGAUCCCAAGUGGAUCUGAUGUUACUAAUUCACGUGAUAUCUAUGUUGAUGUUUCUAAAGUAGACAAGGCCGUAAAAAAGAACUCAAGAAAAAAGGCAAAAAAGAAAGGAAAACAUAACAAAAAGCUUUCAUGUGAUGCUAGCUCGAUUGAACUGGGAUGUGCCCAUGGGAGUUCAAUAUCUGAAACUGGUGUCAACAAGAAUAUGGAUCUUGGAGUUGGUCCACUUCCAUAUGCAACUACACUGGCAGUUCCACUGCCAGAGCUUAGUGGCAAUGGGAAGGAUAUUGAAGGCAACAGAAAUGGAACUAUCGACUGUUUUGAGUCACCGAAGACAUGCACAUCUUCAAUUGAUGAAGUGGAUGUCUCAGAAGCUUUACCACCUUCCGUAGUUCAGAGUUCAUCUAAUUCUGAAAAUGGGACUCAAACUGAUUACACGGAAGGUUCCAUCUUAAAUGGAGGAAUACAGGACCUACAUUCCAAAUCAAUCAGUUGUUUCAAUGAUCCAUAUUCCAAUGUUUUGUCUGAGCCGCAGGACUCUUUUGUGUUUGAUUCAGUUUCAGUUGGUUCAAAUAGUGAUAAAAGUAUUUAUAGCAGUGGUGAUGUUAAAAUAUCUAACAAAGAAAGUAGUGGAAUUAAUCCUUCAGAAUCACCCAGUUCUACUGCCAAAAAAGGAUGUUUCCCUCGUGGAAAUAUGUUAAAUGGUUUGGCGGGUUCCUCUUAUAAUGCUGUGGGAACAAACAAGGGUGCCAACGGUGACACACAUACUGUGGUACCAACCAAGAGAAGUAAGCAAAUCAAAAGAGUGCCCCGGAGUUCACGUGUCCACAGAGUUAGCAGCGUUGAAAACUUUCGUAGCCGUCCUGGUAAGGAAAAUUAUCACUCUGUCUGGCAGAAGGUUCAGAGAAAUGAUGUGGGUGAAUGCAAUUAUGAGUUAAACAAAGUAAACUCAGUGUGCUCGCUGCCUGAUAUUGAAUUGAAAGAGGUUCCUUUGCUUAAAAAGAAUUGUAAUGUUGGUGAAUCUAAUAAACUAUCAAAUCAUGAAGAUAAAAGCCAGUCAAAACCCAAGGUUUCUAGAAAGUUGAAAAGGAAAACUAGUCCAGGAUCAAAGCAAGAGUACAACUGUUUUUCAAGCAAGGGAUCUCAUGCUAACAAGGCCAGCUCAAAUGUUUCUACAAAGACUAAUAUGCAACAGAGUGAACUGUUGGAUGUUCCAGCUCGAGUGAGUGGUCAAAAAGGAUUAGGCAGUGUUUCAAGAUCUCAUUCCAAAAUUAGUUGUACAAAGAUUGGAUUUCAAAUAAACAGAGUUGAAUCCAUUUCUUCUGAACCAGUUCAGAGCUUAAAAGUUUCUCCCAAUCAACUGGAGCCGCUUGAAGAUGUCUGUAAUGAUGUUUCUUGUUCUAACAGUAAACCAGUACAGAAUGAAAAUAGCGAAUUGUCAAAAUCAUGCGACUAUCUGGACCAACCAGAGCUGCUUGAGGGACAGUCUGCUGUAUACCUUCGUCCGCUUGUAGGUGAUGAAGCAACCAAAAUAGACAAAGAUGUGUCUAUUGCAGAACACAGUAAGCAAGACCACGGUACUGGAUCCAUUUUGCAGAAAUGGAUACCAGUUGGAAUGAAAGAUUCUUUGCUGAUGAGCUCAGUUCUUUCUAAUGAUAACCUUGAUCAAUCAGCUGCUGAAAGUCGGACUUCGAAGGAUGUUGCAGAAGAGGAAUUAGCAUAUGAUCCUCACACACUUCCGUCUUCGAUGGUUGUCACGGUAUUAUGCACAGUUCAGGGUUCUGGAGAUUGUAACGUCUUACCUUCUGAAAAUGGAGGUCCUACUCAGAAGUUGAGGAAUCAUAGUGCGUGCAUUCCUAAACAAUGUUGCUUAGUUCAUGAACCUAAAGGCCAAAAUAAUUUUGCAUUUGAAAAUGAUUCAAACAAGAUAGCACAAGCAGUGAAUGAUGCUUAUAAGGCACGAUUAGCCUCUGAAGCUCUUCAGAUGACCACUGGUUGUCCAAUUGCUGAGUUUGAAAGACUUCUUCAUUCUGCUUCUCCAGUUAUACGUCUACAGCGCAAUACUAUAAGUUGUCAGACUUGCUCAAAUGAUGGGCCAUUUGGUGGGUAUUUGUGCAGACAUGAAAAACCCAGAAUCUCUUUGGGAUGCCUGUGGCAGUGGUAUGAGAAACAUGGGAGCUAUGGUUUAGAAGUAAGGGCAGAGGAUUAUGAACAAUCAAAGAGAUUGGGCAUUGAUCGUUUCACAUUUCGUGCUUAUUUUGUCCCAUUCUUGUCAGCAGUUCAGCUUUUCAGAUACCGUCAAAGUAGUCCUUUGGAUAAUGAGAAAGGCAUUCCUGGUACUGAGACUAUGGGCGCAUGUGAGAUGGAUGAAAUAUCUGAAAACCCCACUAAUAUUGGCCACCUUCCAAUAUUUUCAGUACUAGUUCCUCAGCCUCGCACAGAGGAGACAAGCUUUCUGCCACAAAGGAAUCAUGACUGUUGUGUGGAACGAUCUUCAGUAUGUAUUAAAGAUGAUGUAUCUAUUCAAUCAGUUGAUUCUGCAUGGUCCGAUGAUUUAGAGCUUCUUUUUGAAUAUUUUGAAGUUGAGCAACCUCAUCAAAGACGACCAUUGUUUGAAAUGAUAAAGGAGCUGGUUAGAGGUGAUGGGCCUUCGCAAUACAGAGCUUACGGGGAUCCAACAACAUUGGACUCUGUAAAUCUACAUGAUCUUCACCCUAAAUCCUGGUACUCUGUGGCUUGGUAUCCAAUAUACAGAAUACCUGAUGGCAACUUCCGUGCGGCUUUCUUGACUUACCAUUCACUUGGUCAUUUGGUUCAUAGAAGUGCCACAUCAAAAUCCUUUAGCGAGGAUGCUUGUAUAGUUUCUCCAGUUGUUGGCCUACAAAAUUACAAUGCUCAGGGUGAAUGCUGGUUUCAGCUAAGGAACUCUGCACCGAGCCCUCAGAUAGGAGGAAUCAAAAGCAGCACAUCUCAUCGCUCUGCUUCUAUCCUCUCUCUCUCUCUCUCUGUCUCCUUUUUCUUUUUUCCUUGUGGUGGAACUUGUUCCAUCUGUGUAGGGGAUUUGCGAAUAACUACCUUUUUUUUUUUUCCUAGUUGUGAUGAAACUUGCAUGGAAUUGGUGUUUUCAAAUUGGAACCAAGUCCAAGCGACCAAAAAUAGCUCAAAUAAGCAAAAUUGCAGCACUUGUUUUGUUCCUUAUUUGCAAGUCAUUUGAGCUUUAUUCGAGCUAGACUAGUGUGUUCAUGCUUGAUAGAUUCAUAUUUUGCCACAUUGUUGUUCGUAAGCCUUAUUAUCUAUUCUUUUGCCAUCACUCACUGAAAGGUAAUCUUAUCGAAUCAAAAUUUAGUUCAAACUUUAAAAUUAAAUAUUUUUUAAUUGCAAUUUUGAGACUUUAAUUGGGUGCUUCUUAACAUAAGUUAAAAAAUUAUUAGUACAGCAUAUUACAAACUGUUUGUGAUAAACAUAACUAAUAUAUAAUCUAUAGAUAUAGAUUAUACAUUAGCUUGGUCAUCCCAGCUUGGUGAACUGAGUCCACCACUUGUUCUAACAAGCAUGGCCUAAUUUGGUCUGUGACAGUGCUGCCCACGGCGAGCGUUGAAACAAGGGGCCUGUGGGUUCCACAAAUUGGCUCGUUAAGCUAUCAUUAUUUUUCUUUAUUUUGUGUCCGUCUUUAUACAUCAAAGAAGAAAAUGACACAAUUUGAGGCAAUUCAUUCUCCAUUGGAGGAGGGCUGGCGUGAAUGUGACCCAAUUUUGUUGGGGCCACCCAAGGAUUAAGACGAGGGAUUCAAAUUUUUACAUUAGAAAUUAUUUGAUAGUUCUCGUCAGUCACUCUCACUUUCCCUGUCACUCAUUAUUAUCGGAAGAUUCAAAUUAAAAUUUCAUUCUCAACUUUUACAAGGGUGUUGAUGAGUGGAAUUGUCGAUUUUAGAGUUUUUUAUUUUAAAAAGUGAACUUACAAAUGUGUAAUAAUUUAGAAUAAAGUGUAAAAAAUUACCUUCUUGUUAUAUAUACAGAAUGUGUGAAAAAAAAAAAAAAAAAAAAAAUUGGUUUUUAAAAAAAAACCCUGUGCUUUUCAAAAUCAGUAAAAAAUUGAAGUACUUAAAAUUCUAUUAAAGCAAAAUAAUAAUUAAAAAAAAAA